UAACCCCAACUCCUUUCUCUCUCUCUCCUCCCCGUCAAGGCGUCAAGGCGUCAACACGUCAAGCAGAGGAAGAGCAGAGCGGAGAGGGCGAAGCGGAGCGAGGCGAGCGAAAAAGCGGCAGCGAAAGCGAGAGGCAAAGCAGAUGAGGCCAAAGCGAGUCGCGGAUUAGGGAGAGACGCAACAAAAGGGAAGCGCGGCGAGGAGGAGGAGGCGGAGGCGGAGGCGGGAGGGGGCGAUGGUGAGGCAGGGCGUCGUCGUCGGCGGCGGCGGCGAGAUUACGCAGGCCGGCAGCGGCAGCGGCAGCAUUGCCGGGUCGGCGACCGCGCCGGCGGCGAGCCCCCACCAGGUGGCAGUUGAAAUAGAUGAGCAAAUUUACUCCCCAGCAUUUGGCAAUAUUGUUGUCCCUGAUAGUCGUGGUUGCUGCAGUGGUUUCACAUCCAGUGUCACAAGAGUGGUGUUUAUCUUACACCUCCUUGCUUUCAUUGCCCUCACAAUCUUCCUUGGUGUCCAGGCCUCUUCCCGACAGAAUCCUACCUACAAGCCUUUCGCCAACUUUGUUCCUCUUGCCUCCUCUGUCAUAGUAUCCAUAAUUGCAGGUUGCUUUUGGGUCAUCCUUGCAGUCAUUAACCCUCCAAAAGCCAUCAAGACCUCACUCUGGGCAGCCCCUGUUCUUGCACUGGCCUGCGAUGUAGUCAUACUCCUUGUUGGCAAUGGGGCUGCACUUGGUAUUGGAGUGCUCAUAGUUGUAGUUGCCAUUGCCGUGGCACUAUACAGUUGUUGGGCCAGUGGUCCACGUCUUCAGCAUGCCACUGCAGUGCUUUCCACCUCUCUUAAUGCAGCACAUUUGCCUCCUACUGCUUCCUGCCUAGUUGUCUUUGUCAUUCUUGCUGCAUUUGGCUAUAUGUCUUUCUGGACAGUCGCUAUCAGCUGCAUUGCUGCUGCAGAAGGGUACUUCAUGAACUUUAAGAUGGCUUAUGUGGUUGCACUUUUGGUGAGCAUGGCAUGGACCAUGCAGGUACUUCGCUACUUUGUCUAUGUGGCUGUGGCAAAACUGGCACAUACACGGCUUGUCUAUGGAGUCCGUAUGCCAGGUGGCACCGUUGAAGCAUUCUGUGGCACAAUGAUGGGGCCAUCCUUCGGCGAUAUAUGCAUGGGAGCUGUGGCUGUCCCUGUUAUUGCAGCAGUGAGGAGCUUUGCUCGAGCAAUCAAUGCUGUGACUAAGGGCAAUGAUGAGUUCUGCCAGGGCUGCUGCUUGGCUAUAUCAGAUAAACUGAUGGGACGGGUCAACCGGUGGGGUUUUGUACACGUAGGAGUGCGUGGCAAGGCAUUCUGUGUGGCUUCGCGGGAUGUGUGGUCUCUUUUCGUUCUCCGUGGGAUAUCAAAGCUGGUUGAUUCAGACCUCACUGGUUCAUUCUGCUUCCUUUCUGCUGUCACAGGAGGUGCAUUGGCCUCACUAGUUGCUGGCUCAUGGGCACUAGCCAUGGAUAAAGAACAUAAGGAGCUUGCUCUGCCAGUAGCCAUUUAUUCAUUUCUCAUCGGUUAUUACAUGUGCCGAAUGAUAAUUGCGUGGCCACAGGCUUGUGUUGCAACAUAUCAUGUUGCAUAUGCAGAGAACCCACAGAACCCUCACCUGGGGACACUUAUACCAGACCAUCUGCGUGAGCUCCAAGCACUAGCAACGGACUGAUCUCGUAAAAAUAUUCGCCAGCGUGACCCUUGCAGAGUUGCGCAUUCUUCCCAUUAUAUUGAUGGUUCUUCAAUUCCUUCAGCCAUUUUUUCAGAUUCCUGCAUCAGUGCAGAUAUUUCUAUACUCUGCUGCUGUUGUUGCCGCUUAUGAGUACUGCAUAUGUACAGCAAAUUUUUGCGUGCUCAGUUGUGUAGAUAUUGCAUUAACCAAAAGAAAGAUAUUAGAUGAUCUGAGACACCAAGACAUAUAGCUGUAGAGGAAAUAGCACAGUGAACACAUAAAUAGAAUGGAUAUAUUCAUUUUCGUGGAUAAUUGUUGCUUGCCAGUUGCAGGUGCAUUUGCAGAUGCGGUUGUUGAUGCUUUUGCCGUUAGGCUGUGCAGAAUUAAAGCAUUUAUUUGUCAUUGAGUUCUACAUUUUUCAUAGUUGCAUUUGUAUUCUUGUUCUGUCGGUGCGUUUUGAAAUAUUGACUUACAUGUUGCUCUUCACUGGGAAAGUUGUACUAUGUAUAUGUGUUAUAUGGUUGAUUUUGGUUAAAAUGCACCCUAUACAUUAGUUAAUACUGCUCUUCAUUGGGAAAUUUGCAUGAUCCUUUAAAAAAAUUGACGACUUUGCACAUUUAAAAGAUCAUGCUGUAUAUUAUAUAAUUGAUUUUAGUUACACAAUACUUCAAGAUUUUACCACUAAAUUUGUAUAUAGUACUGCUUGUUCACAAAACAAAGGAAUUAUUCUUUUAAUUAGCAACAUUCUGAGUUUCUGAAUAACUUGAAUAAUACCUCAUUGACAUGCCUUAGCAAAUUGAUUCAAUUCAAUCACGUGAUUAUCUAUUGUGAAAGACAUGACUUGUAUUUUGAAUGAUAUCUACAUGAUCUCUGCCAUGCUACUUAAACUAUGGGUUGGCCAUAUAGUUUGUCACUGUAUCAUUAGAAGUUUACAAGACUAGUCUUCUUGUUCUAGCUGAAAUUAACAUUCUAGCUUCUACAAAUUCCUUUUACAUCACAUACUUUGUGGUUAUUUCUGCAUAAAGAGAGGUGUAUAAUAUAACUUGUAGGCUGUAGCCCUGUAAAUGUGAAGUACUUUGUGUAUGUAAAUGAUAUUAUUCUGUUUC